AGAAACCGAACAGACGUGUCGGCAAAACGAAGUUCAGAAGUUGAAGAACACUAUCCAGGAAAAUUCCUUGCUCAAUCUCGACAUAGCUCGAUUAACGUCUGACAUAGAGACGAUUGACGCACGGAUGGAUAAAUAUAUAAAAGACAUUCAGCGAUCUAUAGCAGUUUUAAACUCUACGCCGACGCUCAUAUUUAAAAAGAAAGAGAAGCUGCAUUACGAAUUGCAGAAGAUAAUGGCGUUACAGGUCGACAAUUACGACGCGAAAUGCGUGAAGAAUGCGUUGGACAUCGAACUGGAUAUGUUUUAUAAUAUCUUAGAUCGAAAAGUAAUGUUGAAGGGAGAUGUGGGACUAUACAGACACGCAAUAUGUGGUCUCGACAAAGUCUUCAUCACCUCAGUCAAUCCGCAGUGCUCGAGGAUCAAGCCUUACUUCCCAAUUAUACAAAUACCGAUGUACUCCCUCAUAAAAUGCUAUAAAAACGCGAUUGCCAAUAUAAUUUACACGAAACUGCACUGUUCGUCGUCAACUGAGGAGAUUGAGUGCGCAGAUAAGUUAAUGCCGUCGCGAGAAAAGUGUAAUUACAAUAGUUUGGAGCUGCUGAAUCUCGCCACAGUCGUUUGCGAUCAGGCGCGCGAAGAGAUCAAGCGCUUCAACGCAGUCCUGAGUGCUUGGGCGAACCGAGAUGUACGAGAAGCAAUGGCACUCGACGAAACGACCGUGGACGGUGUGUCCUUUAAGGAUUGGUUGCAGCGUUACAAUUUAUUAUUAUACAUGAUACAAAAUAGCAAGUGAUCUAUAUAUUGUAGUCUGUCGCCGUUCAUUUAUAUUAUAUUGUUACGUGUUCGAAGAAUUUGUAUCCUGACAACAAGGACCUGAAUGCCUUGUACAAAACGGAGGGCAAACAAUUCUACGUAAACGAUUUCGACAAGUCCCCUAUAUAAAUCUCAAAAACGCGAUAUCUUCCUUGUAUAGUUAUUUAAUUUACAACGUUAAAUGUCACUAAAAUGAGAAACACGAUGUUGUUAAAAAAUGUCAUUAGUAAUAAAUUGUCCUUAUAUUAUAA